AUGGUUAUUAGACCGCAUGGAUUCGCAAUAUGGGAAUUCCUUCGCGACGAAUUAGAUAGUCGAAUCAAGAAGUCGGGAGCUCGCAACGCAUAUUUCCCUCUCCUCAUCCCUCAAUCUUUCCUCUCCAAAGAAGCAGCUCACGUCGACGGAUUUUCGAAGGAAUGUGCCGUCGUCACGCAUCAUCGUCUUCGUGCGGUACCGGGUGCACCUCCAGGAAACUUAGAGCCGGAUCCUGAUGCGAAACUUGAAGAGCCUUUGAUCGUACGUCCGACGAGCGAGACAAUUAUCUGGCACAUGUUUGGAAGGUGGAUCCAAAGUUACAGAGAUCUCCCACUUGCACUCAACCAGUGGGCAAACGUUGUUCGCUGGGAAAUGCGCACUCGUCCAUUUCUGCGAACAUCAGAAUUUCUUUGGCAAGAAGGCCACACUGCGCAUGCUACCGCCGAAGAAGCCGACGCAAAAGCAAAGGAGAUGAUCCAUCUGUAUGCAGAUGUCACGCGACAGAUGCUCGCCAUCCCCGUCGUCAUGGGCGUCAAGUCCCCGAGUGAGCGCUUUGCCGGAGCCGAGGAUACGUACACAAUUGAGGGUCUGAUGCAAAAUGGGUGGGCGCUUCAGGCGGCCACCUCGCAUUUCUUGGGACAGAACUUUGCAAAGGCUUUUGAUGUCACAUACAAGUCCUCGGAUGGUGACGAAGAGCAUGUAUGGGCGACUAGUUGGGGAAUUACCACACGCAUGAUUGGUGCGUUGAUCAUGACACAUUCUGACGACACGGGGCUCGUGUUACCACCAGCAGUUGCCCCUGUACAAGUUGCUCUAGUGCUGAUAUUUAAAUCAGAAGAGCAAAGGAAAGCAGUUGUGCAGUUUGCUGAUGCUGCCUUCUCUCGCUUGAAAGCCCGUGGCCUCAGGGUUGCUGUUGACGACAGGCCAAAUAUGAGGCCUGGCGCAAAGUAUUAUGAAUGGGAGAGGAAAGGAGUCCCACUGCGCAUGGAAAUAGGUCCCCGGGACGCAGCGAAAAAUGCUGUGUUUGCUGCAAAACGCAUAGGGGGCGCAAAGCAAUCGAUACCUGUUGACGAGGAUUUUGAAGCUGUGACAUGCUCACUUCUUGAGGAGAUUCAGCAAGAGAUGCUACAGAGGGCUGAGGAAAGGUUGAAAUCUCGUACGAGAAGGGUUGCCUCAUACGCGGAAAUGAAAGAUCUCGUGGCAGCGGGGGGUGAAGAUAGUGGGAUGUUCCUUGUGCCUUGGAAGUGCGACUCCGGAAACGAAAGGAAAGUUCGGGAAGAGACGAAGGCGACCCUUCGCUGUUAUCCACUAGAAGGACAAGAAGAGUGUAUCGGGAAGGACUGUAUUUAUUCGGGUGAUCCAGCGACUCACAUGGCCGUAUUCGCCCGUAACUACUAAACCAGGUCGCUUGGACGGCUUAGACCGACGAGAUCUCCGAAAAA